UCAAGAGCAGCACCGUGUAACAAUCAGAACUCCAAACAGAGCAGCAGAAUAACAGGGAAGCUGCAUCAGAAAGAGCUGACUUCCUGAGCAGCCAGCAAUCUCUCUCUCUCCUCUGCUUGCUUUAUAUUUGCAGCUUUUCAGCGCAGCCCAUAGCAGGGAACAUACUAAGCUUUGUAAAUGACUGCAGAGAUCCAGCAACCCUCUUCUCAGACCCCUGCCCAGAGCAGCCCCAUGUCAGCUGCCACUGAGAAGCACAGCAAUCAGACAUCGGUCAUGGAGUCAGCCUCUUACACCAAGACCAAGAAGACCAAUGCUGGAAUCAGAAGGCCAGAGAAGCCACCUUACUCCUAUAUAGCACUCAUAGUCAUGGCCAUCCAAAGUUCUCCCACUAAGAGACUGACUCUUAGCGAGAUCUACCAGUUUCUGCAGAGUCGUUCCCAUUUUUCAGAGGGUCAUUACCAAGGAUGGAAGAAUUCCGUCAGACACAACCAACUGUCCCUGAAUGAAUGCUUCAUCAAGCUUCCCAAAGGACUGGGCAGACCAGGCAAGGGUCACUAUUGGACGAUUGAUCCUGCCAGUGAGUUCCUGUUUGAGGAAGGUUCUUUUAGGAGAAGACCAAGAGGAUUCAGGAGGAAGUGUCAGGCAUUAAAACCCAUGUACAGCAUGAUGAACGGACUAGGCUUCAACCACAUUCCAGAAACCUACAGCUUCCAAGGAUCCAGUGGAGAAUUUCGUGGUCAACCCAACAGUCUGUCAUUGGACAGUGGUAUAGGCAUGAUGAAUGGGCAUCUUACCGGUAACGUUGAUGGGAUGGGGGCUAAGGAUCAUCCAGUUUCACAUCUGGCUAAUGGUGGCCACUCUUAUAUGGGAAGCUGUACAGGGCCUUCUGGGGGUGACUACUCCCAUCAUGACUCCGGAUCCCCUCUUCUAGGAGGCGGGGUGAUGGAGCCCCCACAUUCUGUGUACUCAAGCCCAGCAUCUGCCUGGGCUCCAUCCUCAGCAUCGGCCCUGUCUAGUGGGAACCCAUAUAUCAAGCAGCAGCCUUUAUCCCCAUGCAACUCUUCAGCUAAUCCACUCUCAUCCCAUUCCUUGGACCAAUCUUAUUUGCAUCAGAACAGCCACAACACAGCGUCAGAUUUACAAGGUAUGUAUCCCCAGAUACACUCUCAGUCUCCCAGUAUGAAUGACAGAAAGGAAUUUGUAUUCUCCUUCAACGCCAUGGCAUCUUCUUCAAUGCAUUCGGCGAGCAGUGGUUCAUAUUAUCACCAGCAAGUCAGUUAUCAAGACAAUCAAACCUGUGUUAUGUGAAUACCCACAUCUACCACCCCAAGCAAUCCCUCAGCCCUAGUGACAUAGGACAUAACUCUCAUUUGGGUUCCCAGGUUACAGAAUGAAAAAGAAAAAAACUUUCAA